AUGAAUCAGAUUUUAUCUGUGGUUACCAUUUUUCUGGCUUUAGCAUCGUCUGGGAAAUGCAGCAAUGUUUACAGCAGGAAAGAUUUUCCAAAGGGCUUCGCUUUCGGUGCAGCCGCUUCUGCUUAUCAGUGGGAAGGAGCUGUUGAUGAAGACGGUAGAACGCCAAGCGUUUGGGACACUUUUGUUCACUCUCGUAACCAAGCUAAUGGAGAAAUAGCAUGUGAUGGUUAUCACAAGUACAAGGAAGAUGUGCAACUAAUGGUGCAAACUGGCUUAAAUGCCUACAGAUUCUCCAUCUCUUGGUCUAGGCUUAUACCGAAUGGAAGAGGUCAUGUUAACCCAAAGGGUCUACAGUUUUACAAGAACUUCAUCGAACUACUAGUAAGCCAUGGGAUUCAACCACAUGUUACACUCUACCACUACGAUCAUCCUCAGUAUCUCGACAAUGAAUAUGGAGGAUGGCUCAACCGAAGAAUCAUUGAAGACUUUACUGCUUACGCAGAUGUUUGCUUCAGAGAGUUUGGGAACCAUGUCAAAUUCUGGAACACGAUCAACGAGGCUAACAUAUACACUAUAGGAGGAUACAGUGAUGGGUUGACACCGCCUGGUCAUUGCUCCUCACGAAGUAUAUGCUCGUCAGGGAACUCUUCGACUGAACCAUAUAUCGUAGGCCAUAACUUGCUUCUUGCGCACGCCUCUGCUUCAAGACUAUAUAAGCAGAAGUACAAGGAUAUACAGGGAGGUUCAGUAGGGUUUAGCGUGUUUGCUUUAGGGUUUACUCCUACAAGCUCUGCGAAUGAUCUGAUCGCAGUUCAAAGAGCCAAAGCUUUCUUGUUUGGAUGGAUGCUUGGGCCUCUUACAUACGGAGACUAUCCCGAUGAAAUGAAAAGAACCCUUGGAUCAAGACUACCAGUUUUCACAGAGGAAGAAUCAGCAUUAGUUAAAGACUCUUCUGACUUCAUAGGAGUCAUUCACUAUCUUGCAGCUUCUGUGACUUCUGUCACACACGUCAAAUCCCAAAGUGACCCAGGUUUCUUCACAGACAUGGGCGUAUCUUUGAAAAGUAUGAAACUUUGUUUAUUUUCUUUGGACCAGUAUGCUAUUGUUCCAUGGGCUAUGGAAGCUGUCCUGGAGUAUAUAAAGGAGAGCUAUGGCAAUCCUCCUAUCUACAUUCUCGAGAAUGGUACACCAAUGAAGCAAAUAUUGAAGGACACACCAAGGAUUGAAUUCUUACAAGCUUACAUUGGUGCUGUGCUCAACUCCAUUAGGAAGGGAUCAAACGCGAGAGGCUACUUUGUAUGGUCUUUUAUGGAUCUAUAUGAGUUACUAAGCGGAUACGACUAUAGUUUUGGAUUGUACUAUGUGAAUUUCAGCGAUCCUCACCGCAAGAGAAUUCCAAAGCUCUCUGCUCAUUGGUACUCUGCUUUUCUCAAGGACAACACCACCUUUCUUGGUUCACAAGGCAUCGCUCAAUUGCAAAGCAACUUUUCUUCUCCCUACUAG